AAAUUUAUACAAAAAGUCAACCAAAUACCACUUUAGCUAUUGAGUUUUUUGGAGAAAAUAAUUUUUAGUGGGAACAAAACUCCAAAAUCAGUAAAAAAAAGUUGUCAAAGGUUGCCACGAUACAAUUUCUUCCCAAAAAUUAAGGAAAAUUUGUGGAAAAAGUGAUUAAAAUCCACUGCAUUCACGAUGUCGGAGCGACCGAGACUCACCCGGACGAUGCGAAGCUUCACCGACUUGGAUGCUGAGCGAGAUUUGGCCUUCCGGACCGAAGAAAAACGAAAAUUACAAAUGGCAAGAGCGAAUCAAAGCAAAAAGGGAAUGUCAUGGAAAAAUUUGAAGUUACUGAUGAAAAAUGAAACAAUUCCCGAAAAAUUUGCGAGUCUGGAGCCCAGAAUGCAGGAAUUAUGGAACUUAUCUAAGGAAAUUGUGGGUUCCGAAGAGUCAACGGAAGUAAUUGAUGAUGCCGCUGUGUUCCUUCUUCGCUUAUUUCUGGACCAAAAGCUCGUUUUAUUGAAACACUUGAGUGAGAUGAAGAAAAUAUUCGGUCCCUUCAGCAAUCAACUAGCGAAUAAAAUUUGCAAAGUAGUUUAUGAAGCGAGUGAUGAUGUAAAUGAAAAAGUUCGUGCCAAAUUAUUCGAAGAAGAGACCGCUCAAAGUGGAGUUCCUGGAAAAAGUUUCAAAAUUCCGUUUGAAAUCACGUUACCGCGUCCUGUGGACCAAGACGCCUCAUUUUUGCAAGAUUUAACGCCAGUUCCCAUCGGAGCGCAGUCACUUGUCGCACAGGAAUUCACGAUGAAAUUCGAUAGCAAAGCUGCGAAACCGAAAAAACAGGUGCAACCAACAAAACCUGCCACAAUUGAGAAACUUUCACCCGCUUGGCUGGCAAAACACAUCAAUCCAGAUCUGCUUUCAGCUCUUAUUAGUUUAAUCAAGUCACCAAAAUCGAAUGAAGAGUUGCAAGGAGAACUUUUCGACAUGAUGGGCUUCGACAAAUUCGAGGAAAUUCAAGAUAUUCUAAACAAUCGUCGAAAAAUCGUACAAAAUCUGGAUGCGCACGACAAAAAUCAACUUGUAAUGGCAAAGGAACGUUCCAAGGUGGGCAUUCAACCACAUGCGCCUUCAUAUCUCAUUCCGGCAGUUGUUCAUACGGACAAAGAAAAGAAAGUUUUGAAGCAAAUCCGAAAGGAGGAGAAAAAAGUGAAAAAAUUGGAGAAUGGCGGUGACGAUGAUCGCUCAAAUGAACUAAAUCCCGCACAAUUACGACUUAAUUUGCAAAAAUCCUACUUGAACACUCUCGUUAAUAAGCCCAUUUUGCAACCAAAAACCAAAUCGACGUCUUCCAGUGGCACGCGAUACCCGCAUGUCUACGACUCGUACGCGAAUGCAAAAGCUCACAUUGGUUUCCUGGCCGGCGGAAAAGUUACAUUACCCGAAAAUGCCGAAAGACAUGACACCCGGAUGUAUGAAGAGGUCCGCAUCCCCGCCAAUGACCCGCCACCACUGAAUGUCGGCGAUAUUCGCGUCAAAAUAUCCCAACUUGAUGAAAUCGGGCAGAUUGCGUUCAAAGGAACGAAGGAAUUGAACAGAAUUCAAACUGUGGUGUAUCCAACAGCGUAUCAUUCUAACGAAAAUUUACUUAUUUGCGCUCCAACGGGUGCCGGUAAGACAAAUGUGGCAAUGCUGACGAUUGUACGAACGAUACGAGCUCAUGCGGAUCAAGGAGUAAUUCAUCGGGACGCCUUCAAAAUCGUAUAUGUUGCUCCAAUGAAGGCCCUGGCGGCUGAAAUGACGGCAAAUUUUGGCAAGAAACUCGCUCCCUUGGGAAUUAAUGUGCGCGAAUUGACGGGCGAUAUGCAAUUAACGAAAGCAGAAAUGGCUGCAACGCAAAUUUUGGUGACAACACCGGAAAAAUGGGAUGUUGUGACGAGAAAAGGCUCGGGUGACGUGGCAUUAGUGAGUUUAGUGAAACUUUUGAUUAUUGACGAAGUUCACUUGUUGCAUGGCGAACGAGGACCCGUUGUGGAAGCACUUGUCGCUCGAACGCUACGUCUCGUCGAAAGUUCCCAAAGUAUGAUUCGAAUUGUCGGAUUGUCAGCUACGCUGCCGAAUUAUCUCGAUGUUGCGAGAUUUUUGGGUGUUAAUCCCAUGAUCGGUCUCUUCUACUUUGACUCGCGUUUCCGUCCAAUUCCGCUGAGCACGCAAUUUAUCGGCGUCAAAACGAUCAAACCGCUGCAACAGAUGCAGGACAUGGACACCAUUUGCUUCGACAAAUGCGUGGAAAUGCUGCGCCAGGGACACCAAGUGAUGGUUUUCGUGCAUGCGAGAAAUGCCACGACCCGAACUGCCACAAUUAUCCGCGAAAUGGCACAACAAAAGGGUUACACGGGACUUUUUACGUGCGAAAGCAGUCCGGAAUACGGAAAUGCCUUGAAAGCAAUUUCCAAAAGCAGAAAUCGUCAGUUGCAGGAUUUGUUUCAGUCGGGAUUGGCGAUGCAUCAUGCGGGAAUGCUGCGUGCUGAUCGAAAUCUCGUGGAGAAAUAUUUCCAAGAUGGUUUGAUUAAAGUUCUUGUUUGUACGGCGACACUUGCGUGGGGCGUGAAUUUGCCAGCUCAUGCAGUAAUUAUUAGGGGAACGGAGAUUUAUGAUGCGAAACAUGGUUCGUUUGUGGAUUUGGGAAUUUUGGAUGUCUUGCAGAUUUUUGGACGUGCUGGAAGACCGCAAUACGAUACGAGUGGCGUUGGAAUUAUUUUGACGACUUACGAUAAAUUGAAUCACUAUUUGUCGCUGUUGACGAAUCAGUUCCCGAUUGAGUCGAAUUUCGUGAAUUAUUUGAGUGAUAAUUUGAAUGCAGAAAUAGCACUUGGGACGAUCAGUAAUGUGGAGGAAGCGAUCACGUGGUUGAGUUACACUUAUUUGUACGUCAGAAUGAGAAUUAAUCCGCAAGUUUAUGGCCUCAACUACAACGACGUUUACGAAGAUCCAUCAUUAGAAAAACGUCGCCGCGAGCUCAUUCACAACUCAGCAAUGGCUCUCGACAAGGCAAAGAUGAUUCGUUACAACAUCCGCACCGGAGAUUUAAAUAUCACCGAUUUAGGUCGCACCGCUUCCCAUUUCUACAUCAAAUACGACACCGUUGAAAUUUUCAACGAAAUGUUGCAUGCAACGAUGAACGAAGGCGAAAUCCUCAACAUGAUGGCAAACGCCAGCGAAUUCCACCAACUCAAAGUACGUGACGACGAACUCGAUGAACUCGACGAUCUUUCGCACGAAUAUUGUCACAUCCAGAUCAAAGGUGGCAGCGAAAAUAUUCACGGCAAAGUCAACAUUCUCAUGCAGGCAUUUCUAUCACGUGGCUUCGUCAAAUCCUUUUCACUGGCCUCCGAUUUGCUGUAUAUCACACAAAAUGCCGCUCGGAUCGUCAGAGCUCUCUUCACGAUAGUUUUGCGACAAAAUAACGCAAUUUUAACGAAUCGCCUCCUGAUGAUCAGCAAAAUGUUCGAGCACCAAAUGUGGGAUUUCAUGACGCCAUUGAGACAAUUUCCAAUAAUUUCGUACGAAAUGAUUGAUAAGAUCGAAAGUAGGAGACUGAGUGUCGCAACAAUUCGCGAGAUGACCGUUAACGAGAUCGGUGACAUGUUGAGGAACCAGAAAUUUGGGGCGAUUGUGUCACGAUGUGCCUUUGAGCUGCCUUUGUUGGAAAUUGAGGCGACAAUUCAUCCAAUUACGCGUACAGUGCUGAAGAUUCGCGUUCAAAUUACUCCGGAUUUCAAGUGGAACGAUCGAAUGCACGGCAAAAACGUUCAAUCUUUCUGGAUUUGGAUCGAAGAUCCGGAAAGCAACUUCAUUUAUCACUCGGAAUAUUUCCAGGUGACGAAGAAACAAGUGGUUCGAAGGGAAACGCAAGAGCUUGUCAUGACAAUUCCCUUAAAAGAUCCACUUCCGCCGCAGUAUUACAUCCGUGCAAAUAGCGAUCAAUGGCUUGGCAGUAGUAACGUGUGUGCUUUAUCCUUCAAACAUCUCAUUUUACCGGAAUUACAUCCGCCCCACACCGAAUUGCUGCCUUUGCAUCCACUGCCGAAAACAGUUUUGAACGAUCACAUGUUCGAAUCUCUCUACACCUUUGAGUAUUUCAAUCCGAUCCAGACCCAAAUCUUCCAUUGUUUGUAUCACACGGACAAUAAUGUGUUACUAGGAGCUCCCACGGGCAGUGGAAAGACCAUCGCUGCGGAAGUUGCCAUGUUCCGCGUCUUCAAAAAUUACCCCAAGGCUAAAGUUGUGUACAUCGCACCACUCAAGGCUCUCGUUAAAGAACGAAUUGACGACUGGAAAGUCCGUUUGGAACAAAGACUUGGCAAACGUGUCGUAGAAUUGACGGGCGAUGUCACUCCAGAUGCUCGUGCGAUCCGCGAAUCAGCUGUUAUUGUCACAACUCCCGAAAAAUGGGACGGAAUCAGUCGUUCCUGGCAAACACGUGACUACGUAAAAGAUGUCGCAUUAAUCGUAAUUGACGAAAUCCAUCUUCUCGGGGAAGAUCGAGGUCCGGUACUCGAAGUUAUUGUUUCUCGUACGAAUUUUAUUGCGUCUCACACGACACGAACACUAAGAAUUGUCGGAUUAUCCACGGCCCUGGCGAAUGCGAGAGAUUUAGCGGAUUGGUUGGGCAUCAAAGACAUGGGAUUGUACAAUUUCAAGCCUUCUGUGCGUCCGGUGCCGUUAGCUGUGCAUAUCAGUGGUUAUCCGGGCAAGCAUUAUUGUCCGCGGAUGGCUACGAUGAAUCGUCCUGCGUAUCAAGCCAUUCGACAAUAUUCGCCAUGCACGCCCGCACUCAUUUUCGUGUCUUCCAGACGACAAACCCGAUUAACGGCCUUGGAUUUGAUCGCAUUCCUCGCUGGCGAGGACAAUCCGAAGCAAUUUGCGCAUUUGCCGGACAAUGAAAUGGAACAAAUUUUAGUGGGGAUUAAGGAUAGCAAUUUAAAACUUACUUUGGCGUUCGGAAUCGGUCUGCAUCAUGCGGGUUUGCAAGAAAGAGAUCGAAAAACGGUGGAAGAGCUCUUUUUAAAUCGAAAAAUUCAAGUUUUAAUUGCUACGGCUACACUUGCAUGGGGUGUCAAUUUACCCGCGCACUUGGUGGUUAUCAAAGGAACGGAAUAUUACGACGGGAAACUUAAGCGGUAUGUUGACAUGCCAAUUACGGAUGUUCUCCAGAUGAUGGGUCGUGCGGGACGUCCUCAAUUCGGCAACGAAGGAGUUGCAUGUGUCUUGGUGCAUGAUGUCAAAAAGAAUUUUUACAAAAAAUUCCUUUACGAUCCGUUCCCGGUCGAAAGUAGUUUAUUGGCGGUCCUGCCAGAUCACGUGAAUGCCGAAAUUGUUGCCGGAACAGUUCAAACGAAGCAAGCUGUACUGGAUUAUUUCACAUGGACUUACUUCUUCCGACGACUUUUGCGAAAUCCCACAUAUUACAACCUCGAAAGUGUCGAACCGGAGCAAGUGAACAAUUUCCUGAUGAAUUUGGUCGAAGACACAAUUGAUACGCUGCAUCAAGCUGGCUGUGUGGAAAUUGACGAAGACAAUAGAACGCUCUAUCCAACGUCAAUGGGUCGCAUUUCCUCGUAUUAUUACUUGUCGUAUCAAACAAUGCGACAUUUUGCGGAUAAUUUGAGGGAUAAUAUGUCGUUGGAGGAGGUCAUGAAGUGCAUGUGUGAUGCUUACGAAUUUUACACGCAUCCCGUGAGACAUAACGAAGACAAGUACAAUGAGGAACUUGGCAGCAAUUGUCGCUAUAAGCCAGAUGCCUUGACUUAUGACUCGCCAUAUACGAAGGUCUUCCUCUUGCUGCAAGCUCACAUGUCACAUUUGCCGUUGCCGAAUGCAGAUUUCCUCACAGACACAAAAUCCGUGUUAGAUCAAGCGAUUAGGAUUCAACAAGCGAUGAUUGAUAUUGCAGCGGAAAAGGGAUGGUUGGCGACGACGUUAAGGAUUCAACAGUUGAUGCAAUGUACUUUGCAAGCGAGAUGGUUGGAUGAUCCAGUGGUGAUGUGUUUGCCGCAUAUCGAGGAACAUAAUGCCGAUUUGUUUGACCGAAUUAAAUUGGAAUAUCCAAUUCUUACCUUGCCAACUUUAAAAGAAGCUGUUGGAAGAAAUUAUGAAGCAUUAGCCACCGCAUUACGUGGUGAACUUGAAGAACCCCAAAUUGAACAAAUUUACAAAGUAAUAUGUGAUAUGCCGUCAUACCAUGUCGAUUUAUUUGUGCGUGGAUGCUUUGGAGAUCAAAUGGAUUACCAACAGCGACUAGAAAAGCAAUGCACGAAAGAUGAUUGGUUGGACAUUCAUGCUGGAAUGGAAUAUAUUUUGGUCGUUGAUAUGUGUCGUUUAGGUAGAAUGACAUCCAAAUAUAUUCACAGUCCGAAAUUCCCGAAACCCAAGGACGAGGGAUGGUUUCUUACACUUGGCUGCAUUGAGGAUCGUGAAUUAUUGGCAUUGAAGAGAGCUGGAUAUCGUGGAAACAAAUCGUCACAUCAAAUUUGUUUCACAGCGCCGGAGAAAUUAGGUCGCAUCAUCUACACCCUUUACAUCAUGUCGGAUGGCUACAUUGGAUGGGACCAGCAAUACAACAUCCAGCUGAACGUCAUUCCGAAACCGCAUGUGCCUCCCAACGACGACUACGAAAUAAUGAAAAACAAAUUCGAAAGACUUUUUGAGUAACUUUUUUG